GUGAAGACGAGCAGCAGCAGGAGCUCAUCGAGCAGAAGGAGCACCCUUCUGCUGGUACAACUUCUGCCAACGUGAGCUGCAAACCGAAGCACCAGCAGGUGGACUACACUACUAGCCAGUGCAGUAGCAACUCCAACGUCGCAGCACACCAGGGUCGUGAUAGAACUGUAACUACUGUCGAGGACAAAGGGGCCGAAGAUCGUCGGGGCGACGUACGUGCUUCGCAACGAAAGUCGAAAUCCGGGCCACAAGUUGUUCAUCCGGCGCGUGAAAGUAAACUCCUGCAUCCCGCCCUCAGUCGCGCGCACAGCACGGCGCUGGACGUGAAAAAAACUGCGGAUAACAUUUUCAACAACCGAGUGCCAUCUUCAGAUGACGAGGACGAAGAUUUUGAUGAAGCCGGCUGCAGUAGUACUUCUAUGGAGACGCAAAGAAACGGGAAGUCAUCUGCGCUCUUGUCCAAGACCAAAUCCUUCCUCUCACAACUCCGGGAGCAGAAUUUGCACCCGAAGAAAUCUAUCGAUUUAUCAAGUGCUAUUUUCAGCGAUAGUGCAACUAUGUAUAAUGGAACAGCCGUGGUGGUGACAGCAAGCCAGGCCGGCAGCGGCGGUGGUGGAAGUGGUUCUUGCAGUAGCGGUACAAGUGCUGGGUUGUACAAAGAUUACGAAGGUUUUUACACGACGACCGACAGCAACUAUAAUGCGGGGGGAGUCGCGGGUGCAGGACCAGGAUCUGUUGGUGCUGGACGUCGAGUCAAGAUGAAUUACAACUUUUACCCUUCUGCUAUGGAUGUGUCAGGAUCGAAAUCGACAAAAUCGAAAAAUUUGCGAUGCAGAAAAUGUAGGGCACUGAAGACCUGUAUUGGCGGGCAGGCAAAUGAGACCGAUUGUAAGCCUGGCUAGGGGUAUGCAAUGCGCUGCCAGAGUAGCACGACAGGAGCAGUCUUCUUUGCCUAAACAGCAUGACAAACUGGAUUUAGGUAGCGGCAAAAUCUGUCAUGCACCACUUACAAACUGGGCUCCAACUGGUAUCGAUUUUAUGCAUCACAAAUUUUUCGAUUUUGUCGAUUUCGAUCCUGACAUUCCCAUAUCUGCCGGCGAGUAUGACUUCGGAACCGGCUACAAUAUCAAAUGAAAAAAUGUCUGGGUCUGGAAGAAUGCAACUUGUGCUGCUGCAUUUGGAUUCCAAAAAUAUCUGUAUUGGAUGAGCAGCAAUGGGAAUGUAAUUUUUCCUACGCGGAGAGGGCAUUUGUCAUGCGGAAUAGGCAUCAAGAAGCCCUCAAAAAAUCUGUUAUGCUAGGGCAUGCAUCACAUCACAGACAUCAUGGGUCAUGCAAAAAAUGCAUGACAAGUCUCAGAAUCUUGCAGACCCAGACAUUUUUGCAUUCGAUAUACAACAACUUUGAACAACAAAACUCGGGCCACCAACAUUCUUGGUACAUCAACAGCAGUAGUGCUACCCACAAUUUCCUAUCACAGCAAGGCUGUAUGGCGAGUUCUAACAACACUCGGCCGCUCCCACCCCCACCGCCUCCCGCAGCCCCAAGAAGGUGUAGUACACAGCAACAGCAACAACUCCACGGUGGAUUGAAUACAUCUCCUGGUAGAAGUUCUUGCGCCAGUUCUUACAACAAAUACCUCGAUCAUUAUGACUCGGCAUGCGGCACGAGAACCUGGGGCCCAGGGGGGAGAAACAAUGCUAGUACUAACGAAGCCAGCUUUAGUACGACGACGAUGAAAGAGGGCACAGGCACACAACUGAAUCGCUUGCCAGACAGCUGCUGGUGGCAUGAAGAGAGUCAAAAUAUGAACAAGAGGCCUGCUCCACGUACUGGUGCUGCUGCGACCGACUAUUACAGUGGCUGUUAUCACGAUGGGUCUGCUACUGGUACUGGUGCAGGUGCUGCUGCGCGCAGAAAAUCUGGCAGAUACAAUAAGCGUGCCGGAGGAGGAGAAGGAAAAGAAGCUGAAGGUGAAGCCUGGAAUGAUUAUUACCAGGGACAUCAAGGAUCAUCAGGUCCAGGUGCCACUCAUGCGUCGUCCGGAGCUUCGUGGCAACAACACCAGGAGAAUUCAUAUGCAGCUAAUAAUUUCUCAUCCAGUGCAGCUGGCAACUACAGUAAAACACGACACCCAUCGUCCCAGCACCACGGACUUGUAGAGCAGGAGACGAACAACAAGGAAAUAAGCAAGGACCACACGAUGACGUCCAAGGGUGGCAAAGGCAAUGGCAAAGGCGGUAAUAGUAAAGACAAAAACCACCAGUCGCCCCGGUUUUCUGACUGGCUUCAGCAGAGGACUGGAGGGGGUGAUGAAACAAAAAAUGCUGAUGCCAGUACACCAGCAGCAGGUCGUUGUGCGGGACAAGACCCAGUACUAACGGGAAUUUUGCAGGAAACAGGAAUUUUGAAAAAAAUUGCUCCCCUCCAGCCGCUCGACAGGUAAGGUAAUGUCGCCGCAGCUCCGACCUUGAGCAGACCUUCCAGAAGCAUCCAGGCCCUGCACUUCUUCAUCCACUCUCUUCCGCCUUUUCUGGAGUCAAGGCGGCGUCAUUCACGUCUGAAAAUACUAAAAAGCACUCACUUUUAACAGGUACCUUUCGCCGCUCUUGGUCGGGCCGGGUCCCCACACACACACACACACACACUACGGAGGAACUACACUAGCACAAACAUCAAGAGAUUGAAAAUCCAUCAACGAAUACAGCUCUACUCAUACUUUCAAACCAUCUCAAAUAUCGCCAGGCUCACCAUUGUUAAACUUACCCACCGCUAGAACGCCCGACCAACGCCGCCAUGCCUUGGACCAUGGCCACGAGCAAAAUGGGUCUGUCGCCAGGCUGUAGCUCUGUUGCACCACCUGGCGCAACACAUCUUGGUCACGGUCAAGUGCCUGCAGUGAGUUGAGGACUGGGGGAUCUUGCCGCGCCAUGGGACGUGGUAAAGCCCGGUGAGGUAGUGGUAGCCGCCUAGUAGUAUAUGUGCUAUUUGGAUUUAUUUGUGAGUAGUGCAGAGGAUUUUUUGAACAAUAACAGAUGAGAGCACUUCUUUCUGUGAUGAUUUGUAUCGUAGUGUGUGUGUGUGGAGCGGAAACGCGGGUCCCUGUGCGAGGUAAGCUGCUUGUACCUUAUUUGUGGACUUAUUUGGACCUGUGGAAUGUACUUUGAUGAAGGACUUUCCUUGUACCUGUAGUGUAGAUGGUUUUUGAUGAGAACAAACUGUAAGAAAGACCGCCGCGUUGUCCCCGCUCCCAGCCGCCGUCGCCGUCAUCCCAUCCAGCACAGGGGGCAAUUUUUUUCAAUUUUCCCGUUUCCUGCAAAAUUCCACUUAGUACAGUAGUACACCAACAGCAGGUCGUUGUGCGGGACAUCAAGACCCACCAACAGCAGGUCGUUGUGCGGGACAAGAACCAGCAACAAUUCCUGA